AUGGAGUAUCAUCCGCGGACCCAGAGUCUUCGUGGUCUCAGAGACUCUACUACCAACAUUCACCUUGGAAGAACCGCAUGUUUGCUAUGUCGACAAGCUCCAACUGCCGGAGAGCAGUUUCUUGAUGUACAUCACAUCCUGCGCACUGCUCCAGAUUGUUCAGUCUCGUGCCAGAGCUGCUUGUACACACCGAAUCCCGGGCUUUGGUUCCACAAACGAUGCUACGACACUUUGGCAGACACCUACGAGCCAGCGAAAAGGCCUACGCAGCUCGAAAUGAUGAAGUACAUGUCUGCCAUCAAGCCAGCCUAUCAAGUCCGGAGGGAUAGACGCGGAGAGAUCUCAUCAAUCUUGGAGGGGUUGCGUACAGCGUCGACAGGGAGAUUGACCCAGCCAGAUUCCGUACUAGACUUGUUCAUGCGGCUCCCGAUGGAACUCAAGAUCCUGGUCGCGGAGCUCACAGCACCGUGCUGGUAUCUGACCGUUCUGGGCGAGGGCCGUCGAUUGCUGGAGGAGUGGAAACGCCGUGCACCCCAGCCGAAGCAGCUCACGCUCCAGCACGAUUUUUGGAUGCGGCGCAUCCACUGCCGAGGCAUUUCGUACGUGACCCAGCUUAGUACCGCGCCGCUGGAGGCUAUGGCUAUUUCGCGUGUACACCACCUCAAGACCCCCGUGGCGAUGGACAGGAUUGUCUUGUCGCUGGACGCGUUCGGCUUGCGCGGGAUCCAAUUUAUGGACAAGGACUCGGUGCCAGAAUCCGACGGCUCUUCGUGGUACAAGGUCCUCCGGCCGCGGGCUCCUGCCGUGAACAUCAAAGUGGAGUGUAAUGGUUUAUUCGUGAAGGACAUCGCACUCGUCUCCGACGGUUCAUCCUCCGACAAGUGGCUUUGGUGCACCCCAGUACCCCCGGCAUUCCAGCCGUGGAACGCGCAUAGCCUCCGCAAGAACCCUCGGUUGGACUACGUUGCAUUCGACGCCAACGUCAAAGGUCUUCUGGCCUGUUGCACCGACCACGGGAUGAUGGGUCUCCACGGAUUCUCGGACACAGCGACUCGUUUCAAAGAGUUCCUCGAACUGAUGCACUGGCGCGACAGCACGGGCCGGAAAGUCUGGAUCUACUUUCCGUUGAACCAACAAGAAUCCAUCACAGCCGCUUGGACGCGCAGAUAUUGUCUUAGAGCCAGGGAGUUUGGCUUAGUGCUUCAAACCUCUCUAGGAAGAACCAUUACCUUCGCACCUCCCACUCCACACUUCAUGGAAGAACCAUUCAAAUGCGUUCCGCUGGUCAAGGAGAGCGACGGCCCGAUCACUGGUGUCUUUCACGACGGACUCGACCCCACUCGCGUACACAUCACCGCAGUCGGGGUUACGUGCAGUGACUCGAUCAAAGAGGGCGGUAAGGCUCUGGAUCCGCAGCCGGAGGGACCUCGCCUGGAGCCUCCGAGAGAUCUCGAUGGCCGCCUAGGCCUGUCAAAGCAAAAUUGGUUCAUGACCAAGGCACCCCUCCAGGGGCUAAUCAAAGUGCAGGUCUGCAGGGAUCCGGAGCAACCACAUCAUCCAAUUUCAGGUCUACUGCUUGUAUAUAACGACGAACAUAUCGAGUCACUCGGACAGGUGCGGUGGGAGUACGGCUUCAGUGAAGAAGUCCUGAUGCCUGCGUACGUUGGAACGGGUGCUGUUGAUGGACGAGAUUGUGUCAAGAGCAUUCGUAGUGCGCAGGAACCUGGGGUAGAUUUUGGCACGGAGGGUUGGCGAGCGUUGCCCCCAACUGGCACUAUUGCUUGGUGGUUUUAUUAUGGUGGUGAUCAGAUCGCCAUAUAUGAUUGA